AUGGCUCCUUUCUUUCCAUUUCGGCGCAAAAAGCCGAGCGUGGUCGAGAUCGAGGAAGCUGAAGAGAAUCUCAGGCAUCGAUACAAUGGCCACCGGCAUUGGGCCUCUGGGAAACGGUUCCAGCGUCCUUUUAUCAGCCCGGAAAGCCUAACAGAGCGCAGGCUGGAGCUUGAAGAUCCCAAACACAGCUACGGAAAGCAGAGUUAUCUCAAUCCCAACAGGGAGAACGACCAUAAGAAGUACAUCGAUCUAGACACGUACUACAGCACCAACAAAUCAUUCCCCCGUCGACUUAUCGUGCAGGCGACUCCAGAGGUCUACGCAGAGACUGAUAAUUACCCCCGUCACUGGGGCCGAAGCCGCAUCCAUGGCAAGGUGCCUUUUAUAAUCUCCCUGUCCGAACUCUGCUUGAAUCCGUUUGGGUUUCGCCGAUACGAGGGCGUUCCAGAUGAAGAAGAUGACGGGGAUGGGCCGAGGCAGGCCCGAAAGGAGAACAGGAUAUUAACAAUCCUCAAAGGCCUUCUGCAUUGGAUCACAUCGACUGCGCUCACCUUGUCACUGGCAUGGAUUAUUCAACUCAUGAUCUCUGUUGAAAUUGUUACCUCCCCGUGGAAUGACGACGGCUCGGCUGAGCCUUACGAGGAAUACCAAAAUGUUCACUGGUAUUGGCCCAAGCAUGCGAUCAAUGUGCUCGAUCAGUCUCCGGCAAAUAAUCACCCCCAGUCAACAGUUGCCAAACUUACGGUUCCUCGUAGCUUGGUGGUCAGAGAUGAGGUAUCCGGUGCAUGGGUAUCCAAGAACACCAAGGACCUGCGCGACAAGAAGACGGGUAUGCUGCCAUCAUACAUCUUUCUAAGUUUUUCGCGCGCCAAUUUCGUCGGCACGGAUGAAGUCAAAUUGAGAGAGAUCCUCUACUCGGUGGCCGAACGCAUGCUUGAACACGAGAAUGUACACAGAGAUCCGCAAACGCCUUCUCUUGAAGCAUUCUGGGUGGAUGUCGAUUGCGUCUCAGGCAUCACAGACAUACCAGCCGGAGCCAACGAGUCGCCAAAGACUCAAGAUGUCAACUCGAUUUGUGAUGCGGUACGCUGUGCGCAUCGAGUAUACAUUGUCCUACCCAGUGACAGUGUAUCUGCCAGACAAACAUGGGGGAGCCGGAUAUGGACACUGCCAGAAGUCCUUCUUGCUGCAAACAAAACCCGAUAUUGCUUCACGGAGUCUACUGAUAUUGAUCUGCUCGCCCCGCAUGAUGUUUCAUUGAACGACAUGUAUGAAAGUUUUUGGAAGCCACCCACAAACGACGAGCAGGUGGAACACGAAGAUGCGAUAGGCCACCUCAUAAGCCACUAUACCAACACGAUAAAACUUAGCGAGCUUCAACUAUUCACCUUUGCAGUCCAGGUUAUGGCGAAGCUAUCCCAGGGUAGGGAUGUCGAGGGGUAUACGACUAGAGACAUGGCCUAUGCCGCUAUGGGUCUGCUGUCGUAUCGGAUCACACCUUGCGAUGACGACAAUACCUUCCAGGCUAUUGCACGGCUAUCUCUUGUGAAUGAUAGCAACCAACUCCUCGAGCGUCUCGUUUGUCUAUGGCCGAACCCGGAAAAGAACCCGCGACCUUUGCAGGCACAGCAAGACUACGCUUCAGCCGGUAGUGAGACGCUUCUUUGCAAUAUUGCCGAUCGGGAUCAAUACUUGACUCAUUUGUGGGAUAUUCAUCCUAUCUGUGAUGUCGUUGGUAUUGGCGACGACUCAUACGAACCCACGAUCAUCAUGGACCGUUGCAAGGGUAUUCCCAUCCGCUGGAAGGAUUUCCCAAGGCUGAGAUACGCCAAAGAAAUCAAAGGUCUCGGCGCAACAGCAUCGCAAUCAAUUGUCUAUUUUGGCGCCUGGGCUCUGGCGACUGGCUUCGGUCUCUUCUCGACUGCUAUGGCCCUUGCGGUUGCACUUUCUACUGGGGGCAAGACAGGAGAGCAGGCAUCUAACACGGAAGCAAAUGACGGCUUCACAAACGCACAGCUUGAAAAUUUGAGGACUGAGAUUAUACCCAACUAUUUGGUGGCAAUUGGUAUAUUUUUUGCUCUGGCGUGGAUCAUCUCCUGGUUCGCUCCGUGGGCGGUACGACAGCUUUGCAAUGAAGGCACUAAGGGAACAUCAAGCCAUCUCGUCGGAUUCGAAGGCACCAUGUCGCUACAUGAUCUGGAAAAGGCGAUGUACGGAAACUAUAACCACCGCCUGUUAUACGCAGCCUCGUCGACAGUCUUCUCGGGAACUAUGCCCAAAUCCAACAUCCGUGUUGGCAGGGAGCCACUGGAUCCGGGCCAUUGGAAGAAAGAGAUGAAACGACUCGGCUUCCCUGGCUCGUAUCGCCUCUUUACGAUCGUUGACACGGGUAGUAUGACCGUGUCCGUGAUUGCCGCUGAACGACCACCCGUCGUAGCCUUGAUCUGUGGCCGGGAAGGUGGCAUGCUCCGUGUCCUUCUUUGCAGCUGGCGCUUUGAGCGGAACUGUCUGUACCGCGAGUGUGUUGUGCGUAUGCGCAGCUCGCUGGAGGAACAGGCUACUUAUAAUGAUUGGCUGAAGAUCAGCUUGGCUAGUCAGGGUGAUGUUGCCCGUACUCGUGUCAGUCAUCUUCAGUAUCUUCGGCAGAAACAAAUCGAUGAGGAAAAGGCCCGGCUCAACGAGGAGAAGGUUAGGCAGCGGAAGCCUGUCUCUGAAGAAAGUACCUCGAGCACUUUGAAAGGCCCGCCUUCGCCUCGUGUCUCUCUUUUUCGGCUGGUGAUCAGGAACGCUUGGAUCGUGUAG